UGUGGAGAUGCGGGGCACUAGCUGCGUGGGCGGCGGUAGCGAGAGCCCGGGUGGCUCAGGGCUGAGCGAAGGCCCGCGGGGUCGCUGGCUGCGCCUGGCCCCUGUCUGCGCCUACUUCCUCUGCGUCUCGUUGGCCGCGGUGCUGCUCGCUGUCUACUACGGUCUCAUCUGGGUUCCCACGCGGCCCCACGCGGACCCCGCGGGCCUCGCGGGCCUGCAGCCGAGCGCACCCUCCCCUCCGUGCACUGCCCGUCAGGGUGCGCCGCCUGCACCGGCGCCCGCCGCUGCCUCGGUCUCUUGCCUCCUAGGAGUCCCUGGCGGGCCACGACCCCAGCUUGAGCUGCCACGCAGUCGUCGCCGCCGCCGCCACAGCGACCCUAGCCGCCAUCCAAGCCACCAGAUGCCCGGAGAGACGCCGGAAGCCCCGGAGGGGCGAGGACCGGGGUAACCAUCCCUUCUACCCCAAGUCAGCCGGUCCGCCGGCCCUCGAGAGGACGCCCCCACCGUGGAUGCCGGGUCUGGGCUGGGUCAGGACUCUCUUCAUGAAAUCGCCUAGCGCCUCCGGAACUGUCAUCCUCAAGAACAGGGGGUGAAGGGGAGCUGGCUUGGGGCCUCGCCCUUCGCAGCGUCUCCGGUGCCUGGCUGAGUCCUCCACCAUCUGGCGGAACACAACCUGACCUCUCUCUCCCGACCUUCUUCGCUCCAUAGGAUCUGAGCACAGAGCCCGCAGCCGGUCCCCCUCCUCUCUGGAUCUCGGUGCCCGUAGGUCCACCUGCAAUAAACUCCUGUCCCAGCUG